AUGGCCAGUAUCGAAGGUGCUGCUGUGUCUGCAAUUUUGAAAAUUUUGGCAAACAAGUUAGCUCCAUCGAUGUUGAAGCAGUACAGCUCUAUAGUGGGUGUGACAAUGGAUCUCCAGGAUCUCAAGGGUCGAUUUGAGGAUAUCAGCUCCUGGCUAGAAAAAGCAGGAUGUAAAACAACGGAUAAUGAUCAAUUUUUCAUCAGAAAAUUGAAACACGUCGCAUACGACGUUGAUGAUAUUGUUGAUGAGUUCCAUCUAGAGGCUGAGAAGCAUGAAGCUGAAGUUGCCAACAAUAUUGUGUCAAAAUGUCUCUGCACAAAACCAAAAUCAUAUCUGUUUCAAUUCAAGGCUGCCCUCAAGAUCAAGGCUAUAAAGAAUAGAUUUGAUGCAAUAGUGAAGCAAAGAACUGACUUCAGUGCAAUAGUAAACAGUUUGCCGGAAGGUCAUCCUGUUCCACACAUGAACAGGACUGCCAAGGCAACUCCAACAGUGCCAAAUGUUGCUAUGGCAUCAAUAAUAUGUGGAAGAGAGCGAGAAAAGCAGGAAAUAAUAUCUAAACUGGUGGACAAAAAUAACCAACAGAUAAUCAAGAUAGUCUCCAUAAUUGGGCUUGGUGGCUCUGGGAAAACUGCCUUGUCUAACCUAGUUUUCGGUGAUGGUAACACCGUAAAGGAUCAUUUUGAAGUAAGAAUAUGGGUUCAUGUGCCCCAAGAAUUUGAUGUCCAACAGCUUAUGAUGAAGAUGUUUGAAGCCAUUACUUAUCAGAAAUCUGAACAUCAUUCUAUACAGAACAUAAUUCAAACUAUAGCAGAUACGUUGACUGGAAAGAGGUAUUUGCUUGUAUUAGAUGAUGUCUGGACUGUGGACCGAAGUCAAUGGGAAGAUUUUAUGUUAUAUAUAAAGAGAGGAGCACCUGGAAGUAGUAUUUUGUUGACAAGUCGCAAUAGAAAUGUUGCAGAAGCAGUGGAAUCAACAGAUCUGUCGAAGUUGUCGUCCUUGUCUAAGGAUGAUAGCUGGACAGUGUUCACUCAGAUCAUUGGUGAGGACAUAAAAGGUUUGGACUCUGAAUUAUUGGAAGUUGGGAGAGAGAUUGUGAAUAAAUGUGGUGGGGUGCCACUUGCAAUUAAAGUUCUUGCAAAUGUCCUUCGUGGCAAGACACGUAUAGAACAAUGGAAGGCCGUGAGAGACAGUAAUCCACUAGAUGCUGAGGAUAAAGAGCAUAGACUAGUAGAGCUACCUAAAGAAAUUAACAACUUGGAGAAGCUUCAAGUUUUGAACUUGGAAAAUCGUGGGGAACUGGUAAAUCUACCUGAAGGCACUAGCAAGUUGGAGAAGCUUCAAGUUUUGAACCUCGAAGGCUGUAGGAAGCUAGUAGAGCUGCCUGAUGGCAUUGUCAAGUUUGAGAGGCUUCAAUUUGCUGGAAUAUCAGAGCUCGCAAAUGUAGGUAGGAAUAGUGAAGGUCUAAUUAUCAGAGGUAUUUCACAUGUGUUGGAGAAAGAUGAUGCACAUAAGGCAAGCUUGAAAGAGAAGACAAAUUUACAGAGGUUGAAGCUAGAAUGGAAGAUGCGUCAGAAAGGUGAGGUGAACACUGAGUUUUUCUUUAAUGAAAAGGUGGACACUAUGUUGGAGGAGGCUGUACUUGAUGGCCUAGAACCGCCAGCUGGGAUUAAAGAGCUAGAAAUUUGUGGGUACUCAGGCGAGAAAUAUGCAUGGUGGAUGCAGAAUCAGGUUGUUGGUACUGAAGUAAAGGGGCAAGCUUGCUUCCAAUUUUUGAGGGCGAUGAAGCUAUCUGAUUUCCAAGGAUUGAAGCAUCUACAAGGGCUUGUGGAACUUCCUUGUCUGGAGGAGCUUGAGCUGCACAAGAUGCCUUCUCUUGAGAGCAUAAGCUGUGGCCCAUUUCCUUCACUGGUGAAGUUAUUAAUGGAUGGUCUACCUAGAUUGGAAGAAGUGUGGUUGGUAGCAGAGAGGACCAUGUCUGAUGGAGAAGAGGGAGGAAACUGCAGCAAUUGUGCACCUCACUCGGGAUAG